UGCAUGCUGAUGUGGAAUACUCAUGCUUAUUAAUGUUAUGCUAUGUAAUGCAUGUAUAUAUUGUAAAUUCAUGUGUUUUCAUAUGAACAUGUGUGCUAAUGUUUGUUUCUUGAUGUGUUGUUAUUCAGGAGAACUAGGAUGAGUGGAGCUAGUUAUUCUGUGGAAUCAGACCCAUCUGAAGGAUCUUUUGAGGAAAACAGGGAAAGAAUGGAUGUAAGGAGAGAGAUAGAAUUAGAUGUGCAAAGAAAGGAUAUAGGAGUGCAAGUGAAUAUGGACGAAGAGUCUGUAGAUGAUACCCAGAAUAAGGAUGCCAGGAUCUCUAGUUCAGGAGAAGUUGACCCCUCUAUUUUGAGUACAGCUGCUAAAAGGGGGAAAAAGAAAGUCAGAGGCCUUAAAGGGUCAAAGAAGAGGGAGUUUUGGAAUAAGUUAAAGUCAGGGUUGGGUUCGAGUUCUAAUAGGGAUAGCUUUAGAUGUGAGAGGUGUGGAAGGCUGCAUAAGGGAGUUUGUCUUGCAGGGACAACAGCAUGUUUUAGGUGUGGUCAGGAGGGACAUGUAGUUCGUGAGUGUCGUACUGCACCUUGGAUAGCUCAGUCUCAGCGGACAUUUUUAAGUAGAGUUGUUCAACAGGAGGCAGCCACAUCAGACCCAGUAGUGCCAGGCACAGAACAGAGGAACCAGAGAGAGCAGCAGUGAGUGUUGCUUCAGAGUUUGCAGAGU